CCCAGCCUCAAAUCAAUGACAUGGUUGGUGGCGAAAGGAGAGGGAAAGGGGGCGGUGUCUAAUGACCGGAGAGGAGGAGGAGGAAGAGGAGGAGGAGAAAGCUCCUGGUUCUCUCUCUCUCGUUGCUCCGCUUUGCCGUCAGUGCUGUCGGGGCGCUACCGGGUGCCGUCGUGGACUUAUUUUCUUUGUAAUAGGAAUUACGCACCAACGCGCGCACCAACGGUUAAGAAAAUGCUUUUCUGUCUCCUACCUGUCGUGGCUGUCUUGCUGGGAAGAGAAACAGCAGUCUCCGGUAUCAGUAACGACAAAUGGUUGGGCACCGGGGCUCAGUACAACAAGGACAGAUCCUGGAACAGAUUCAGAGAUGAAGCAGAGGAUGACUACUUCAAAAGUUGGGUUCCUGCCAAAUCGCUCGACCAUGGGCCAGAUACCACCAAGGACCCAUGCCUGAGGCUUCACUGUCCUCCUCACAAGGUGUGCGUGAGCCAUGACUUUCAGACUGCCAUCUGCAUCAAUCAAAAGCAACCUGGCCACAGUGUGAAAGCCAGAAAAGGCAGCGUAAAUCCCAAACAUCGAUCCGAAGCCGGGGCUCAUGGGAAAUGCAGGCUUUGUUCAGCCUUGAAGACAUCGCCUGUUUGUGGCUCCGAUGGACACAGUUACUCCUCAAAGUGUAAGCUGGACUUUCAUGGCUGCAUGUCAGGGAAAGCAGUUUCAGUGAAAUGUAAGGGACUGUGCCCCUGCUUGCCUCAUUACGAGAACAUCAAAUCCCCUCAUGAUACCGAGAAGACAAGUUGCACAGAUGCUGAGCUGCACAGUCUGGCUGCAAGAUUGAAGGACUGGUUUGGAGUUCUCCACCUCGACGCCAACAGAGAUCUCAAAUCUGAUAGUUUUGACUCCACCGCUGGACACUUUGACACCAGCAUCCUGCCCAUUUGUAAGGACUCACUUGGCUGGAUGUUCAACAAGCUUGACAUGAACUUUGACCUGCUGCUGGACCAUUCAGAGCUGAGUGCCAUCUACUUGGACAAGUACGAGCUGUGCAUGAAGCCUCUCUUCAACUCCUGUGACUCCUUCAAGGACGGCAAGCUGUCUAACAACGAGUGGUGCUACUGCUUCCAAAAGCCUGAAGGAUUGCCAUGCCAAAGUGAGAAGAGCAGGAUCCAGAGUCAGAGUCACAGAAAGAGCCUCGUAGGUUCCUACGUUCCUCGUUGUACUGAGGAGGGUUACUAUAAACCCACACAGUGUCACAGCAGUACUGGCCAGUGUUGGUGUGUGGACAAAUACGGCAACGAAAUCGCUGGCUCGAGAAAACAGGGCAACCCUAAAUGCGAUGAAGACCACGAGACAUCAGGGGAUUUUGGCAGCGGCGAUGCAGUUCUUCUCCUUGAUGACCAGGAGGAGGAGCCAUCACAGGUUGGACGGAGCCAACAGAAGAAGAGACGGGGCCGAAUCCACCCUCGGGGAACUAUUGAAGACGAUGAAGAUGAGGAAGAGGACAAGGAUGAUGAAAUUGGCUACAUCUGGUAGCUCCCUUUCAUGAUAAUUUGCCAUCAUCUGACCAGGAAACUAACUCGGCACAGAUCUGAAGCCAUUCCAAUGUCUCUUCCUCCACUUACCUUGGCAGCAGUCCAUUGUUUGGUUCUUGAACCGGCCCUAUAAAUUCUGUCUUUCAUCCUAAUCUCUCACCCUUCAGAGAAGUCUUCAUCAAUACUUUCAGAGAACUAAAUAGAAUCCAACUAUUGUGAAGUCCCUUAAGAAUCCUUCCAUUUGUCCACCUCUUGCUUUGACCCUCUGUAGAACUUUUACCCUCUCCCAUCCGUUGGACUAUCCUUUUUAUCCAUGUAUCUCCAUCCUCUCUAGUUGCCGUAUGUCUUUCUCAGUGUCUGAUGGGUCUGUGAGCCAGGAAGCAUUUGCAGAUGUACUGGAUGUAAAUAUGGUUUCUCCAGGGAAGCUUGAUUGCACAUUCUUCUUCUGGUUGAUUCAUCAGCAGUUCAUUCUCUUGUCCUUUGUUUCAACGUUGGGCUCCUUCCAGAAUUCAACAAUGUUUCAUUGACGCCACAGUUCCAGCCUCUGAGAUGCCCCCGCUCCCCUCUCUAUUGUUUCAUGGAAGACUGUAAAUUAUUUAAUUGUUGAAUGUUCCAGAAAGUCAAGGAAGCAAUGAGAUUAAUGAUGUAUUGUCGUUGUUGUUGCAUGUUUCUCAUCGUGUAUCUGUAAAAGAGAGAUUUACCUGGCCAGGUCCAGCUCUAUGCAUCUCAAACAGAAAGUGAUGCCUAUUUGGCUGCUACAGUACUUUGUUGCUAUGUUAAUGCUGUCUAGUGUCCUUUUGGUUCUCCCAAUCUCAGGAGAUGGAAAGCUGCAUUGCAGAGGGAUAACAGGAUGAAGAAAAAAAAAGUGAACUGCAAGGCCUGCAUUGCAAGUCUCAGCUGGCUGUUAUUUUGCUUUUUGCUCAGUAGGCCUGCUCAGGCCUUUUGACUGCUUAUGGACAUCAGAAGAAGCCACUGCUCCUGAGCUGGGGGGACAAACGACGUCGAGCAGAGACGUCUGCUCUGCCUCCCGACAUUGGAUUUGUUCAGUGAUUUGAAAAUUGAAAUGUUCACUAUGUCAACAACGUGAAGUUUUAUUUGUAACUUUGAAAAUUUAAGUAAAGUGGCACAUUGAGUGUCUUUUGAACCUAA